AUGGCCACUGCAACUGAGAUCCAUCUAUCGCCCGCCACGGACGCGGGCGUCUUCACGGCUGGAGCGACGGAAGAAGCAGCGCGCGCAGCAAGCGAGGUCUUACAAGAGGACAUGGAAAACCACCACGUCUUCUUCAACGAUGACGGCUUUCAUAUCCACGGUGUUUUGAGCAUAUUUUCUCUCGGGGCCUCGCCGGAUGAUAUUCGAAAGAACUAUAUUCGGAAUAAAAGUUAUCAGAGGCCUGCGCAUCCUGUUGAUAGGGAUGUUGUUGCGGGGUUUCGUGACUCGGUGAAGUUUCAGGAGGGCUUUCAUCAGGAGGAGAAUUAUUCGAAUUACUUGGUCUUUUUUCAAGAGGAGAUUGAUGCGAAGGGUGUGGAUGCUGUGUUGAAUGAGUUUGUUUUUGCGGGAGACCAGCGUGCGGAGAGUAUGUUGUCGAGAUUAUUUGGAGGCCUCAUCCACCCUCUAAUCCAUCUCGGAUUCGGCCUGGAAUUUAACCAACCCGCCAUCGUGGCCCAGGCACUCGCACAAGCCGCCGUUCACGACGACUGGAUGGGACGGGAGUACUUCCUGCCAGCGGAGAAACAAGCAGGUGGAAUCGGGAAGCGGGGAGAAAAGUCUCUCCUGCAGCUUUUAAACGAAAUUCGCGCCGACGAGAAAUUGGCGCAGAGUACCAAGUGGACUGAUGGGAAUAAGAUCCGCGAGGGACCGUUGGCUCGGGCGGGCGAUGAGAUGCUGAAAUAUGCGGCUCAGUAUACCGUUUCCGAGGAUCAGAUUCAGGAACGGAUUGCUGAUAUGAUUAAUACUGUUGUAUACUACACCAGUGCCGCCCAGAGACCCGACAAGAAAGUCAAGAUAGAUUUCUUCUUCAUCCACUGCGUCAACUCGUCGAUCUUUUUCUCUAAGAUUGUUCAGCUUCCCUUCCUGGAUACACAGGCAAAGCUCCGUCUGCUGGAGUGGAAGGGUCGGAUGGAUCUCGUGAUGUAUGUUUCACGCGGCUCGCCUGAGCUACGCCUCGACGAGGUCACACAGUAUCCCGUGACGAAUGAUUGGUCGACCUUAUUUUCACGCUGUGUCCAGCAUCCGGGCGAUGAUGGGCAUUUGGUCAAACUUGUCAGGGCGCUGGCGCAUGGGCAGGAGGUUUGUCGGAUAGUGGAUAAGGAGUCGCAAAUGCCUAUCUCUGGGGAUAUGUGGUUGAGAAUUGGUAACAUGGCUGUUGACUCCACUGUUGAGGGACUCGAUCAGGGGGCAAUGUGGAUCCGGUCAACUGGGUUUGAUGAGGCGUGGGCGAAUCUGGAUGGAAGAUCUCGUCUUUGA